CAUGAAUGAUUCGUUCAGCAGAAACGACUCCCGAUGAAUCCAAAGUCAGAAGGCGCGAAUAGUGAGUUAGAAAGAUGGAAAGGCGGGAUUUGGGGUAGUUUUUGGAUUUGUGACAAGAACUGAACGAGAAGCGUGUGUGUUAAAAUGGCACAACCUCUGCCUAUUAAUCGUGAAGUGGAGAGAAUGUGUUCUUAUCUUGCUUCAUUGUCUUACACUGUAACUCGUGAUUGGUUAACGGGAUGUGUGGAGUACUUCAGAGAUGAAAAUUCACAUUAUAGUGUGUCAGAUUUACAAGAAUUUAUUGAAUCUGUGCUUAACAUCAGUGAACCUGCUUAUAGCCAGAUGCAGAAAAUACGUAAAGUAGAUAUAGGAAACGUGGAAGUUACCGAAAAGAAACAAGAGUCGUGGGAACCCAGAGCUGGGCGAAUGUUGAAGUUAAAAAUGUGUGAUGGACAACGGCAAGCAGAAGCUAUUGAGUAUAGGCCAAUACGUAUGCUCAAUGAACAUAUCUUACCUGGAACCAAGAUUUUGAUAAUUGGGCCUGUGGACUGUCGAAGAGGCGUUUUUUUCCUGAAACCAGAGAAUGUGAAAUUGAUUGGUGGUGAAGUGGAUUCUCUUUUAAUUGUUAACCACAUGGAGAAUGUUUUGGCACGAGCCUUGGGUCUUCCAGAAAACCAAGAUCCCUUUUCAAAUGCUUCUGAGGCUUCAGCAACUCAACUUUCAGCCCCUGCAGUUUCUGACUCCCAGAGGAGCACUUACACACCAUCAGUUGCUGCCACUCCUGGAGCACCCCACGGCCCAUCUGGAAGACAGUUAAAUAGUGAUGUGUCAGAGAGGAGGAUGACCCAGCAACGAAUACAAGAUAUGUUCAGGAACAGGCCAACACAGGAAACUUCAGAGGAUGCUCUUAACACAUCUUUAGACGGUACAGGUUGGACUGUGGAUGAUCUUUUGGCAGAGGGAGAUGAUGCAUUCUUGGCACUAGCAGAGGAAAGAACUGUUGUUGCCGUUAGUUCUAGUUCUGCAUCUACGACAACCAGGCUUGCAAAUGAUGUUCCCACCAAAUAUUGCCCAGGGCAAAGUAGACAGAAUGCUUCUUCAACAGCUGGAGGAAACUCUGUGUUCAAAGUACCUCAAGUACCAGCCAACAAAUCCAAGCAAAUCGGUAAUCAGAAAACAGUUACUAACUCAAGCAAUCUUUUUCUUGCAGACGAUGCUUACAUUGAUGCUUUUGAUGUGGAAUGGGAGGAUGAGGAAAUGAACGAAUUUGUUAAUAUUUCAUCUGAGUUUGCUUCCAGUUCGACUUCAUCAAAAACUCCUUCUGUAGUGAAAAAUUCCAGUAAAAGUGAACAAUCAACUUCAAAAAUUGCAAACACAAGUUCUUUCAAAUGGCCUCAAAUGCCACAAAAUAAUAUGCAAUGUAAGCAGUUGAAUGCUGGUCGGUCUUGUCUAGAACCAGAACAAAGUUCACGCCCUAGGAAUUGUGGUAGUGCAAUGCGACCAAGUACUAUAAAUCAAGAAAUGAAAGAAGCUUCUGGUAAUCAGGUGUCACCAACUAACAUGCAGAGUUCCAGAAGUUCUACAGGAAGUUCGAGUAAAAAUUCAAAUGCAAAAGUACAAUUCUCAUCUGAGUACUCGAAUCCAGUGCAGGGUAAAGAAUCUUUAAAGAAAAUGAUUUUCAAUAAAAGCACACCUAAAGACUUCGCAGACAAAGAACAAAUGCCUAAAACUUUUGAUCAGCAGCCAUCCAAAGACAAAAACUUUUCAUCUCCUCCAGAUGUGUUUGGAGAUGAUGAAGAUUGGGCAGAUGCAUAUUUAAGUUCACACAACUCAAGUUUCGUUAAUAAAUUUGAUGAUCUUGAUAAAUUAUCUUCUCCAAAAUCCUUAUCCAAUCAUAUGGACUUUCCUCCACGUGGUGCAACAAGUGCUUUAAAGAGGCCAUCUUUAUUGGUUGAUGAUACUAAGUCGACAAAAAAAGGAACUUGUGAAGGACCAUCGAAGAGUAAUGUGUCGGACCAAAGCAGUAAUUUUGUGGGUGACCGAAAAGCUUUUCUUGAAUCAAGAUCGCAUCUCCGCCCUGCCAUUAGUAGUCCUUCGUGCUUAAACAAAGAGACAGAAAUCCCUCCCAAGGCACCAGCAGCAUUGUCUACUUCCAGUUGUAGUUCUCUCAAUAGUAAGCCAUCCACUAGUAGCUCAAGUUCAUCUCCCAGUACAGUGAUAUUGCCAGCAAGCGCGAACCUUGAUUCGGUUACAUCGCCCAAGUCGAGCUCAUUGAUGUCACCAGAGCCGUAUGAGGAUCUUGUGCAUAUUCUCAAGUCUCCUUCAAAGACGUCAGGGACGCACAGGAUCAAAGCAACUAUAAUGACUCUUCUAUCUCAGCUUAAAGUGGAGGCAGGGCACGGAUGGAGCUUGUCUGUGAAACUCCGGGAUGGGACUGCCACUCUUGAUGCACGCUUUUCUCCUCUGGUGCUUGAUGAAAUAAUUGGAAUGUCUGCCCAAGAAUUCAAGAAAAUGAAAAGAGACAUUCCCAAUAAUCCUCUACUGAAGGAAAAACUAGUCAAGAAACUGGAAAAGACACGGGAUAUACUAAUGAAUCUCAACUGUUUCUUUGACAUAAAAUUUGAAGCAGGUCAAAUGGCCCAGAUAAUACAAAUUAGUGAAAUAACUGCACAAGAAGUUAAUAAAUCAAAAUUACGAUUGAAAGAGAGUUGAAUUUGACCUAGACAUUUUUUCUUCGAGAUGUAAUUAAUCUGCUGUAUGUUUUAUAAAGAUUACUUAUCUUUAAAUCUGCACUAUAUAGUAGAAAGAGAAAAAUGAGAAAAUACUCUUGCUGUUCAUAAAUGAACUUUUUAAAUGACUGUUUUCAGUAAUACAUGUGAUACUAGAAUUAAUAUUUAAAUGUGAUAUUAGAUUUUGAUUUCUGUUUUUAAACCUUUUUUAAAAUAUCUUUAGUUUCAUAAGUACUAUACCACUGACUAAUUGGUCUUCGUAUAUUAAGGUUCCUAUUUUAUGUAACUCAUCAAUUAAUAUGAAUCAGAUUUGUAUGUUUUUAAAUGUAAUGGUGUCAGUUUCUGCUCUGUGCUUUGUAUUCUUAAGUUCCAUUUACUAUAUUUACUUGAAUAUAAGAUGAUUUUUUCUAAAUGUCUCAUUUGAUAAACAUGGUCAUCUUGUAUUCACUCUCUAAUCUUAGUCGGUUAUGAUCUUCAUUUUUACACUAACUUUUCAUGUCAAGAAACUUGGAAUUUUGAUGUAUUAUGUACUAGUAAGAUGUGUAGGUGAUGAAUACCAGAUGUAUUCAUGGAUUUAUUCUUUGCAUUCACUGCAAAAAUCAUACAAAUAUUUUUGAAUGGCGCAGUAAAGAGAAAAUAUCAAUCGAAUUGUUGUAGUAAGUUUACAAAAACACAACAUGAAAAUGAAUAAAAAUAAUAAGAUUUUGUUCCACAAUGCAUUUGAUUGACGAGGCUGCUCAGACUCUUUAUUCGACAACUGACAAGUGUGAAUCUGCGUUAUGCAAGAGAUCAAAUAGUACAAAACAUUUGUGUAUGACAAAAACAAUAAUGAUUUUAAGGGAAUAAGCAAAUUGGGUAAGGUCAGGAAAAAAGUAUUUAACCUUUUCACCAAGAUGGUUUUCUAGUCAAUUAGGCAACUUGCAAUUGGUAGAAGUAUGCAUUCUACAUCUAACCACAGAGAUCGAAUGAUAAAAGAAAUAUUUUGCUAGUAACUUCCAAGUGUUAAUAACUUUUCUUCUUCCCGUGGCCCCCAAGAGGAGGUGUGGAUAUGUACAAACUUGAUCAAGCAAAUUCAAUGGACAUUUAAAAUUCAUGUUUGUUAAAGAAGUAGGUCGCAAACACGUACGACUGGAAGACACUGAAAGCACAUAAGGAAAUGCUCUUAAAUAGCAGCAGAAGGCAGAAGAAGAAUGCAAAUCUUUUUUUGGAAGUUGAGGGGGGAAAUCGGAAGCCUACCUAGUAUAGAAUGAGAAACAAAAAAAGAUGCAUAUGAAGAUGGUAGUGACAAAAACUAUGAUAAUUUUAAGGGAAUAAGCAAAUAGGGUAAGGUCAGGAAAAAAGUAUUUAACCUUUUCACCAAGAUGGUUUUCUAGUCAAUUAGGCAACUUGCAAUUUAAUUUAACUAAAUAGAAACGAUUAGUAAAACAACAACAACAAAAAAAAAAUUCUUGUUGGGACAUAUAUUACUUACCAUCAUCUUAUAUCUGAGUAAAUACAGUAUAUCACUUGUGACUGAAGGUUUUAUGAACUUUUAAAAAUAUUGUUUUUCCAUCCUAUGUGCUUCUGCAAUCCCUUUCAUUUAGAGUGAGACUACUUUCGCAAUAUGAUGGAGUUCUUAUGUCAUGCAACAUUACAACAAUUUGAGUCAGUUAAUCACCUCAAACUGUUUAUUGUUAAUAUUGUAGCGUAAACAGCAACACUGGAAAAUGGUACAUUGCUGUCUGAUGGAAGAGCAGUGGAGUAGUCUGGAUUUUUUGCUUAAUUGCUGUUGAUACUACCUUUCUCCUACGGAAUGGUGCUUAACAGGGGUUUUUCUUCCGAAAAUGUUCAAACACUAUUUCUCAGAAUGAAAAGAUCCUUUUUGUAUUAUUCUUUAUAUGUAUUAUGUUUUGAAACAUUUUAAUCAAUAUAUAAUUAUUAUUUGUUAGUAAUCCAGAUAUUUUAUCAUUAUUUUGCGAUGAACUAUAGUUCAUACAUUUUGAUUAAUCGUGAAAAUUAAAUUUCAUCUAUAAGUAUCUUUGGUUUACUAAUACUCCUAAAGUGACAAAACCAAUGCUUCUGGUGUAGACUUGUUGGAUUAAUUGAAUUUCAUUGUCAGUGCAAUGGUCUGAAAAUAUAUAAAUUUUUUCAUUACUACUAUUUAUUCCCUAUUGUUAUCACUGAAUUCCAAACUGAAAAUAUUGUUCUAAUAGGUAUUAAUCUUUUAAUGCAAUUUUCUUUUUAGUUACCUGUCUAUAAAAAAAUACUUUUUAGGAGGUCAUGCAAAAAUUACAUAAGGCAACCUUGGAUGAUUUUGGAUAGAACCUUGCUCCUGUAAUGCAUGCCUGAACCCUGACCUCUGAAUAUGUAACAUGCAUCAAAUGCAACAUGUCAAAAUAAAUUGUAUAGCAGUAAAAACAAUUUGUAUUAAUUUUACUUUCUCCCUACAGAAUAGAGA